AUGGACGCAUCAGACGUUCAAGAGCCGGCCAAUCUUGCGUACUAUUUCAACUCGAAGCCCGACCGCCUACAUCAAUUCCCCGUCCUGGUCCUGCUACCGUUGGCUCUGGCGAGCCCGCUCCGCCACAUCAAGCGGCAAUGGGCAAGUUGCUGUGCCAACGAAACGAGCACACGCGUUGACUUUGCGUCUAUGCCCCCAGAUGAGCGCCAAUCCUAUACCGCCGCCAUCCAGUGUAUGAUGAACUUGCCGUCUCAGCUGUCCCCUGUUCAAUAUCCCGCGGCAAUAUCCCGGUACUUCGACUACGCCGUUAUCCACGUGUCCCGGUCGCAGUACGUCCAUAACUCUGGCUACUUCCUUACCUGGCACCGCUACUUCGUCUGGCUUUUCGAGCAAGACCUCCGCUCUGUCUGCGGCUACACUGGCCGCUAUCCGUACUGGAAUUUCGCCUCCACCUCCACACUCACCAACCUGACUGACUCGGUCGUCUUCGACGGUUCUGCUUCCUCCAUGUCCGGCGACAGCCUCUACGCGAACCCGGGAGAUAUCGUGCUGGGUCCCAACUUGACCCUGCCCCACGGCACCGGUGGGGGGUGUGUCACCUCAGGACCCUUCGCCAACCUCUCGGUGCCGCUCAAGUACAUCUCUUCUGCCUAUCUCCUCAAUGGCACCCUUCCGACCGAUGCGUACGCCUACAACCCCAACUGCCUCACCCGCGACCUCAACGCCGCGAUCGCCGCGCGCUACACCACCCCGGACCUCGUCACUGCCGCAACCCACGCCUCUGAUGCCGCCUCCUUCGAAAACCUGCUCAACGGCGUAAUCGGCGGUGCUAGCCUCGGCAUCCACUCCGGGGCACACUUCCAGGUUGGCGGUGCCGCCGGUCAGAUGUCCUCCAUCCAUGUCUCGGCGCAGGAUCCCAUCUGGUUCCCGAUGCAUACCUUUGUGGAUUUGGUGUACGACAGCUGGCAGCGCAACAACGCGGCCGUAGCCGACGAUCUGAGCGGAACCAUGACCGCGGGCAAUGUGCCACAAAGUGCAGAGGUGACGCUUGACAGUGUGCUGCCCGAUUGGGGAUACCUGGAGAGCAGGAACAUUACCGUGAGAGACUUGCUCAACAUCACGGCCGGCCCGUUCUGCUACCAGUAUGACUUGCAGCUCAGCUGA